AUGUGCACAAAUGUGCUAUGCCUAUAUUUGCUACUCAUUUGUGGCUCAGCGGUUUCUUUUUACUUGCCAUUAAAGUCAGGAAAGUCUUCUAUACAGAAUAACCCUGUGUCUGGGACAGUAUCUGAAGCUAUCCAGAAACUACAGGAAGUGUUUUCAUUUGGAGAGUUACCGCAUAAUAUUCCACCAGAGAAAAAACCCCCUCAGUUCAUGCUGGAGCUCUAUAGUCGCGUGGCAGACCCAGAUGGCAGCACUAAAGCACCUGGACUAUUGGAGGGCAACGUAGUCCGGAGUUUUGAGAAUAAAGUGCUCUCAGAGUCAGGACAUCCACACUUCAUCUUCAAUAUCUCAUCUGUAGGGAACAAUGAGAAGAUGUUAAAGGCUGAGCUCCGGAUUUUUAAAUGGAAGACACUGGGAAUGGCUUCAAAGCAUCAUUUCUGUAGGAUUGAUGUAUACGAGCUUUUAGAAAGUGCCUCAUUACCAUGCAGAGGGAAUUUGAUCUCAUCUCGAUUGCUUCCGCUACACUCCCAGGGUUGGGAAAUGUUUAACGUCACUCAAACGGUCUCCAAAUGGGUUGGUGAUAACAACACCAAUCAUGGUUUCCUUGUUAUGGCCAUGCUACCUUCGGGGAGAUUUCUAGACGUUGACCUCCUUGGAUUAAAGAAGUAUCAGACAGAAAGUAAGAGGUCUUACCUUGUACUCUUCAGUGAUGACGGACGAAGAGGAGUCCCCACCAGCAUGUUAUCCAACCCUAUUAUGAAGGAUACAGACACCACUCUUUCACCAUCUGAGCCACAAUCCAAGAUGUUGUCAGCUCCAUACAAAUCUCCUGGUGCAGUGGAGAACAUAAAGACCAGACAAAUCCGGGAUGUGUUUGAGGACACAAAUCUACCAUGUCAACGCAGCUCCAUGUAUGUGGACUUUGAAGAGAUAGGAUGGGAUGGAUGGAUUAUCUCCCCCAAGGGAUAUAAUGCCUACCACUGCACUGGGACAUGCCUCUUUCCUCUAGGACAGGGGCUCAGUGCCACUAACCAUGCCACUGUGCAAUCCAUUGUUCAUGCUCUCAAACUCAACAAGGAAAUCAGUAGCCCGUGUUGUGUCCCAAAUAAACUCAACUCUAUAAACUUACUUUAUUUUGAUGAUGAGGAGAAUGUUGUCCUCAAACAAUACAAUGACAUGGUGGCUGUUAGCUGCGGGUGUCACUGA